UGGGAAUGUUUCAGCUUCUUGCUAAUACGAUUCACUUUUCUCCAUCCACCUCCCUCCCUUGCCUCCUGCCCCCAGAUGAGAUACAUAUUUUUAUUAACCUCUACUUUUUUUCAAGGUCACUUCCUGGUACUACAGCUGCUGAAUGUGCAUCAAAUUUGAAGAAGAUUUAUACAGUACAAACAGUACAGAAUUUCUGGAGUGUCUACAACAACAUCCCUCCUGUGACAAAUUUGCCUCUGAGAUGGAGUUACCAUUUAAUGAGGGGAGAGAGACGGCCGCUUUGGGAAGAGGAAAGUAAUUCCAAAGGAGGUGUAUGGAAAAUGAAGGUCCCUAAAGAAAGUACGGCUGCAGUUUGGAAGGAGCUACUGUUAGCAACUAUUGGAGAGCAGUUUACAGACUGUUGUGCAGCAGAUGAUGAAGUAAUAGGGGUUAGCGUCAGUGUUCGUGACCGUGAAGAUGUUGUACAAGUCUGGAAUGUGAAUGCCUCUUUAGCAAGUGAAGCAAAAGUUUUAGAAAAGAUAUAUAAACUUCUACCACACACGUCUUUUAAAGCAGUGUUCUAUAAACCGCACAGAGAACAUCAUGCGUUUGAAGGCCGACGUGGAAAACAGUAACUGCAGCCUGUACCAAGCUCGUUCUUUGUUAUUUAGUGUUCUGAAGCGCUCUGAACGGGGAGAAGGAUGGGUGAAGCCCUGCAGGAGCACCACAUGCAGCGUCCUUUUGAGCUUCUAACGUUUCAAAUUGGGCUAUUGCUACUGAAAAUGAGGAAAAUGGUUGCCUUGAUUAUGAAAUGCGCCAUUCAUUACUUCUUGUUUGGCUGUAUUUUUAGUUCUUCGUUGUUUCUUCAAAAAGAUACUUCAGUCACUUUUUUUUGGAUCAGAUUAUGUUUCUCUCGUACUGUUUCAGUAAGAGAGAAAGCUUUCAUUUUUUCUGUACUGUACGUAGUUAAGUGCAAAUGUGCACAAACAUGCUGUGCUGCUUUUUCUAGAUGUGCUGUACAUAGAGGAAUACUGGCUUGAUGAAAUGUGUUUUCAAUUUUUGUUUUGAAACAUUCCUAUCAUGUUAAGAUUUACUCACUGUCUUUGUCCCAAGAGAGGAAGAAAUUGCACUGCGUUAUUCUAAUAUAGCAUGUAAUCUGGUCUUGCACUGGCAAUAGCACACAUACUGUAAGAGUAAAUAAUAGUCACUGAGAGACUAAAGAGAACACACUUACAUUAGGACUAACCCUCCGCGAGAUGACGUUAACCGGUGUUUUAACUUUAGUAGUUUCAAAAGAACACUUAUUCAGACUGAGAGAUCUUUCAAUAGGAAACCCUACAAACUCUGCAUCUCUCUUACUUUAAGAGAGGAUGGUGUUUUUAAUGUUUGUAUAUUGUAUGCUUCCUUACGAUAUUUUUCUGUACAUUCAUGAAAAAAAGUGUCCUGAAUCAUUCUAAUGCAUUUGCCUAACUGGAUCCAUCCCUCACAAUUCUUAGGUUGUUUUAGGCCUAUGCAUCACUGUCAGAAUUGCUGUUGACUUCAGUGCAAAGGGAAGAGAUCCCAUCAUAUGUAGUUUCAAGCUAUCAUGGCACCUUAAGUGAGUUUUUUUUUUUAUUUACAGAAAAGAAAUGUAUUUUGUUUUGCAAAGUGAAUGUGAAUAUGAACCAUGCUAUUCUUUUAAAUGUUUGUCUAUGUUAAUUAUUUGGAGUGUCAGUUUGUUUUACUAUACUACCAAAGAUUAAUAUAGUUCCAUUUACAAGAAGAAGCUGCAAAGUAGAGAUGAAUGUACACUCCACUGAGCAUUACUUCAUUGUUAAGAGUUUUUGUUUGGCAACUGUUCAAAUUGCACUGAUUUCCACAUGUUUAGUAUUAUUAAAAGGCAGCCAUUAGAAUCAAAUAAAUUUAAAAAUAAGAACCACAUUUGAGGUUUUUUACAACUUCACCUUUAUUUAUGAAUUAAAGCUGUGCAGUUAA